GAAACUCCCCCCUUGGCUCUGCAGAAUCAACAAAUAACAAUAAGAACAUAGAACCAUCAUAUGUCUUGAAACAAAUUAAAACUCGUCACGUGCACUGCGCAUGACCUCCCGCGGCUCCGCCUCCUCCGCCGUCGUAUCUACCAUGGAAACUACCACCUCCAACACCUUCUCUAAGAAGCGAAACCACCACCACACCAACACCACCACCACCCAAGAAGAGGGUCAUGACUCUGAAGUUUGGUCAACGUUCAACCACAGUUUUAAGCAAGUUCAGUCUGUUUUGGACCGUAACAGAGUGCUGAUCCAACAAGUCAACGACAAUCACCAGUCAAAGGUUCCCGACAACAUGGCCAAAAACGUAGCUUUGAUUCAAGAACUCAAUGGAAACAUUUCGAAAGUUGUUUCGCUUUACUCUGAUUUGUCAUCUAAUUUUUCAACUACUUUUCAGUAUCAACGUAACAAGAACAGUGAUGGUGAGAGAGACUCCGGAGAGGACUGAGAAAUUUGAGCUGAGUUUCAUUGUUUUUAAGUAUUGUCUCUGUUUUUGAUAUUUGAAAAUGGUAAUAAAAUUGGGUGAUGGGUAUGAUCGUGAUCGAAUAACUGUCAAGUGUGACACUUAAUGUGGUGUUUGUUUUGUUUUGUUUGUUGUUGUGUUAUAAGGAGGGUGACUUGCAGGAAGGCUUAUUGUAUUCUCUUGAACUCAGUUCAUAGUGAGGUAUUUAUGUUCGAAUUUUGUUAA